GGCACAAGAUGGCUGCUGCGCGCCCGGAGCCCCCGAUUCCGAGCUCACCGACACCGGAGUCGCGAUCCCCGGAGCCGCCAGACCUGGUCCUAGUGUCUGAUGAUGGCCGCCCUGCCACACCCCCGAGUAACCUCAUCGAGAUCCAGGUUGUGAAAGUCACAGACACCACGCUGGUAUCUGAGCCCCCAGAGCCGGGCUCUUUUCGCUGUGCCUUGUGUCCAGCUGCAUUCCGGCUGGUCUCGGAGCUACUGUUCCACGAACAUGGCCACCUGGCGGGUGCAGAUGGGGGAGGGCAGAGUGGGGACCCGAGCCGGUGUCACGUGUGUGGCCACAGCUGCCCAGGUCCCGCCAGCCUCCGUGCCCACUACAGCCUGCACACUGGAGAGCGGCCCUACCGCUGCUCGCUCUGCCCACGGGCCUUCAAGGCCUUGGCGCCUCUGCUCCGGCACCAGCACCGGCACGGGGCGCAGCCGGGCAUCUCUCGCAGGCCUCCCCAGGCGGCGGCAGCCCAAGAGCCGAGCCCAGGGGUGCCCCAGGAGAGGUCCGAGGUGGUGAUGGCCGCGGCGGCCGCGGGUGCAGCCGUGGGGAAGCCCUUCGCCUGCAGGUUCUGCGCCAAGCCCUUCCGCCGCUCCUCAGACAUGCGAGACCACGAGCGGGUGCACACUGGUGAGCGGCCGUACCACUGCGGCGUCUGUGGCAAGGGCUUCACGCAGUCCUCGGUGCUGAGUGGCCACGCCCGCAUCCACACCGGCGAGCGCCCCUUCCGCUGCGCGCUGUGCGACCGCACCUUCAACAACUCCUCCAACUUCCGCAAGCACCAGCGCACCCACUUCCACGGCCCGGGUCCUGGGGUGGGAGACUCUGGAGGCCAGCUGGGCUCCUUGGUGGCCGAGGGCUCUGGGAGCAGGUGUGGGAAUGGGGACACUAUGGGAGAGGGACGUGGAGAGACUGUGAAGAUGAAGGUGGAAAUUGACCAGUAGGAUGGAAGAGCAGGGCUUGGUAAAUUAACUCACGAACAGGAAGCAGAUUAUAGGGAAUGGGGUGGGUAAAAGGAGCCAAGGGCAGAGAGGGCAUAGUGACCAGCUGGUGUUGGAGGACAGAGGGAAAGAACCAGGUUCUUGAUUCCCACAAACCCAUACUACACGUAGGUGAUACUGAAGAGGAAGGCAGGAGUGCAGCUCUGUGAGCGCACAGCUAGCUACAUGUGAGAACAUGCCACAUUUCUUCUUUUUUUUUGUUGUUGGGACUGGGAUUUGAACUCAGGACUUCAU